AUGGAGUUGUCCAAGUCCGACGCGCCAGCGCCAGCUAGCGCGCCUGUUCCGGAGACAAAGCUGCCGCUCUCUCCGCCGCAGCCUGAACAAAAGCUCGAUACCAAUGGUCUCGCGGCUACUGAGCCCACGGCAAAGCCUGUUGAGCCUAUGUCCUCCGAGCCUUCCGUCACUUCCACCACCGCCGCUCCCGUCGAGCCUGCAUUAUCCACGCCCGCGCCCAUCGUCAACGGGAGCGGUUCGUCUUCCGAACACAACGGCACUAAUGGUGUUUCACUUGCUGCUGAGCCAUCGCCCGACAAACCUGCCUCGACAGAGCUCAGUCCUGCCGCGCCGCCCGCGCAGCAGCCUGAAGAGAAGGCCCCUGCUCCGUCCGCGAUAGACACAACACCAUCGGCCCCUACUCAGCAGCACAGUGAGAAUCCUGCGGAGACUACGCCUCCUCAGCCUAUUGCUGAGGAGAGCGCAUCGGAAGAAGCCCCCAGAGAGGUUCUUACGGAAGAAGGCAACAGGGAGACUCUGGAGAAGCCCAGGGCGGAGUCAAAGGAGGAGGCAAAGGAAGACGUCCCCAAGCUCGGAUCCAAGACGGAACCCGAGGACACAAAGAUGGAGGAGCCCGUCCCAGUCGAGAAGCCCUCGGCUGAGCCAACUCCAGUUGAGCCCACGCCAACUCCCACCAUCCCAACAGAGACGCCCGCCGACGAGCCUGCCAAGACGAAGGAAGCGGAGGAUGUCAAGAUGGAAGAUGCACCGCGAGACCCUACUACCAGUGCCAAAGGUCCCGAGCAGCCUCCAUCUCUUGAGAGGCAGGACAGUAUCGCUCUACCCACUUCUGAGGUUGAUCUUCAACCCGCUAGCAUGUCACAGCUCAACAUCGAGACUCAGCCAGGCACGUCUCCUAUUGUUGAAUCUGUCGAGGUUUCUAUGGGCAAUGCACCUGCCGCCAAGAUUGCUCGCGAACGCGAAGACGACUCCGCCAACGAAGAGCCAGCUGCUAAGCGUGCCAGAACCGAGCCUGAGGAGGACAAGCCCAUGGCUGAGCUCCCCAACCAGGAUGCCCCGGUAGCGGACGCCACAGCUGCAGUUGACGACUCCGCUGCUGAGCGCGUCCCGAGUCUUGACACUCUUCCGAACUGGAACGAUUCCGAAGCCAACGGCCGAUCCUUCAGCACCUACCAGCGCCGUGAGGUUCGCAAGACCAUAGGUAGACUGAAGAAGACUAAAGGAGGCGCAAACUUCCGUGAUGCUGUCAUCAAACUUUGGCCGCAGCUGCGUGAAGCUUACCUGGCCAAGAUCGAAAAGCCUAUGGAUCUCUCGGAACUCGACCGCAACGUGCGCGACGGAGAUGGAGCCUAUGCCACGUUUGGGGAGUUCAAGAAUGCCGCUUCCCUCAUUUACAUGAAUGCACUCAAUUUCAAUGGCGCGACGCAUGAUGUCACAUUUGCUGCUUUCAACAUCGUCAAGGCUCUAUGGGAAGAGCUGCUCGCUGCCCCUGCCGAAGAACCUCCUAAGCCCAAGACCGUUCCCAAGGCUAAGCCCUCCCGUGAGCCUCGUGCCGUUGCUAUUGCCGAAGCCCCUGCCUCUCGCCGCACAUCUACCGGACCUCGAGGUAGUCCCUCGACGGACGCAGAUGCCAAGUCUGUCGCCGGUGACCGUCGCGGGUCUACCGCCACCGAGGGUGAUCGCCCCAAGCGCACAGUUCGCGCGCCGAAGCCGAAGGACAUUGACUACACAACUAAGCCUUCGCGCAAGAAGCUCAAGCCUGAGCUGCAAUUUGCCACAGAGGUUCUGACCGAAGUCAUGAACCCCAAAUAUGAGCAGCUCAACAUGUGGUUCCUUGAGCCCGUUGAUGCCGAAGGCCUGAAUAUCCCCGAUUACUAUUCGAUUAUUAAGAAGCCAAUGGACCUGGGCAAAGUUUCUACGAUGCUCUCGGCCGGCGAUUUUACCAACCUCAAGGACUUUGACAAGCAUGUACGGCUCGUGUUCGAAAACUGCUACAGCUUCAAUGGUCCUCCCAACCAAGGAAAUCCUGUCUCACAGAGAGCUGCAGAGCUGGAAGGCAUCUACACGUCACAAAUGAAGACUAAAGAUGCUUGGCUGACCAAGUUUGCCAAGGCAAAUGCACCUACAUCGGCAGACGUGAGUGACGAGGAGGACGAGGACGAAGACGCUGAGGACGACAUCCCUCAUGGGGACAAUUCCAAAGAGAUUCAAGAACUUCAAGCCAAACUCGACGAGGAAACCAAGAAGCUGCAUGCCAUGUUCGUUCCCGGCGCCAACCAGUCAAUGAUUGACAUUCAAAAGGGCAUCGUCGAUAUGGUACAGCACGCUCUUAUCAAGGCUGUCGCCAGUGCCGGUGAAGCCCAGCCCAAGAACGACAAGAGCGCUAAGAAGGCCAGAGGGGCAAAGGGCAAGGUUGCUGGUGGGCGAAAAUCCACUGGCGCCGGUCCGGGUAAGAAGACGGGCGGCGGUAAGAAGGGCGCUGCGAAGAAGACCUUGACGGCUGCAGACAAGGACCACAUUGCCAACGCUAUCAACGACCUGGAAUCUACGCAUCUGGAUCGUGCUAUCGACAUUAUCAAGAAGGACACCGGCCAGAACGAAAACAAUGAUGGCGAGCUUGAGCUGGAUAUUGACCAGCUCAGCAACGAUGCCCUCCUGAAACUCUGGGAGCUCUGCAAGAAAGUUUUGCCAGGCUUCGCUAAGGACUCGUCUGGCCCCGCGCCGGCACCCGAGCCCGUCCGCGCUCCAAAAUCCAAAACAACUGCUGGCAAACCAAAAAAGAACAAGCCCAUGAGCGCUCAAGAACAAGAGGCUAGGAUCGCGCAGCUGACUGCCCUAAGGCAAAUGUAUAAGGACGGUGGUGAAGGGUCUGAUCCUGCCGCUCCUGGUUUUCCUGGGUCUGCACAGUCGCCGCCGCUUGCGGACUCGAGCGAUGAUUCGGACUCGGAGGAGGAAUGA